AUGGAUCCCAACGAAGAUACCGAGUUCAAUGACGCGCUCAGAAAGUACGGGAUCCUACCAGCAAAAAAAGAGAGAACACCUACACCUUCACCUCCCCCAUCUCCAUCUCUCGUCGCCAAACUCGAUGAGAAGACGACAGACGAGAUUGACGAGCUCCUCCAAGACGGGAAUGAUUCCGAGACGGAGAGGAUAAUGCUUGCAUAUCGCGAGAAACGUUUAAAGGAGAUGAAGAAAGAGCAAAAACUGCAUCGAUUUGGAGAUCUGCUGCCCAUCUCGCGAGACGAUUAUACGCGCGAAGUGGCAGAUGCGAGUAAAGUCGAUGAGCCCGGGAAAGAGCCAGGAAGUGGAACAGGUGUUGUAUGCUUCUUGUACAAGGAAGGUGUCCACCCACCGAGUGUACGCUUGACUGCACAGCUACGAGAUCUUGCCUCUCGAUAUCCUCGCACAAAGUUUACUGCAAUUGUCGGGAACAAGUGCAUACCAAACUAUCCUGAUAGCAUGCUACCCACCUUGAUACUUUACCGUGGAGGGACUAUCAAGGAACAGCUAGUCGCUUGGGGUGCAAAGACUGAGGGUUCGAUACAAGAAUUGGAGGCAGUUCUAAUACACCAUGGCAUCCUCGAUCCCACCCAGUUUACUCAGCGUCCCAAGUCGCCAACAGACGAGACGACGAGGAAGAAAGCGACAAGCCCACUUCCAAAAUACGGUCCAGCGAAAAGAAGGGUGACGAUUCUGACUCCGACUUUGACUUGUAAUUCUUUCCCUUGGUGCAACGCUGCUGAUAUAUAA